AUGGCAAACCUGCUGCGGUUUGCCAGAAAUCCUCGCAGAUAUAUACCUUUUAGACUGAGAAGAGACAGAAAUUUCAGUAGAGAUUUAUUUGAUUUUGCUGGAGCAACUGAGCAAGAACUCAUUGAAAGAUUUAGAUUCAGUAGAAAUUCGAUACUGUACUUAGAAAACUUACUUCACAACCAAAUAGCUCCAGAGACAGAAAGGAAUCAUUCUUUGAGUGUUAGAGAGCAACUUCUAAUAGCACUGCGAUUUUUCGCCUCCGGUUCUUUUUUGCAAGUUGUGGGGGACACCGUUGGGCCCAGCAAAUCGACUGUAAGUCGAGUGGUCAGAAAGGUGGCCUUGGCUCUGUGUGAACAUCAAGCUGACUUCAUCAAAUUUCCUGUUACACCCCAGGCUAGCGCAGGUAUGAGUGACGGUUUUUUUUUAAGGAUAGCUGGUUUUCCGGGAUGUAUUUGUUGCAUUGACUGCACUCAUGUGAGGAUUCAAGCGCCUAGUGAAAACGAACCAGCGUUCGUGAACAGAAAAAACUUUCACAACAUUAACGUACAGGCCGUAUGUGACCACAAAGGGAAAUUCACAAAUAUUGUGGCAAAGUGGCUAGGGAGUGUCCACGACUCGCAUGUAUUUAACACCUCCUCUCUCGGAAGAGAGCUAGCAAGGCAUAAUACAUCAGAGUUGGGUACACUUCUUGGUGACAGCGGAUAUGCCUGCAAACCAUACCUGCUAACACCAUACCUGAAUCCCACCACCAGGGCCCAAGAGAGGUUUAACAGAUCCCAUAAAGUAACACGGACAUUGAUUGAGAGAGUAUUUGGAAUAUGGAAAAGAAGAUUUCACUGCCUUCAUGCUGAAUUACGAAUGUCACCAGGGAGGGUGUGCAAUAUCAUUGGUGCGUGUGCAGUCUUGCACAACAUAGCUAUUAUUAGGAAUGAGCCACUGCCAGAUGGAAAUGACCCUGGUCCAGGCCCAAAUAUGGGAAUUCAGUACAAUGGCCCUGAAGAUGGUAGGGCCGUAAGGGACCAUGUGGCAAGGGCAUUUUUCUCUUAA